AGCUGCCCCACUCUUCAGCCUUCGCCGUUUCCCUCUUUUCUGCUGCAAUGAAUGCCCUGGGAAACGGGGGAGGGUUCUGGUGGUGGCGCCCCCUCCAUCUCCACAGGGAGCAGCACUACCGGAGACGGAGGCAGCCCAAAUCCUCCUCCUCCUCCUCCUCCUCCUCCUCCUCGGAAUCGGUAAAUCUCACUGAUCGUGUCUGGUUCCUCUCUGACUUCCCCCUCAAGCAGGCCGCCAUCGCCGCCUCCCUCACCCUCACUGGAGACACCUUGGCACAGAUCAGGAACCGCUUCCUUGUCCGGGGCCGUCGCUUCCUCGAAACUUCCGAGGAUAAGGGCAUACUUUCAAGUCAUGAUUGGCUUCGUACACUACGUAUGGCUUCCUAUGGCUUUCUUCUUUAUGGUCCAGGCUCAUAUGCAUGGUAUCAAUUUCUUGAUCGUUGUAUACCUGCACCAACUUUUGUAAACCUAUCACUGAAGGUGAUAUUAAACCAAAUCGCACUUGGUCCAUGUGUUAUUGCUGUUAUCUUUGCUUGGAACAACUUAUGGCUUGGCAAAUUAGCAGAAUUGCCAUCCAAAUAUCAAAAAGAUGCCCUUCCUACCCUUCUAUAUGGUUUUAGGUUUUGGAUUCCUGUCUCUAUAGUUAAUUUCACGGCAAUCCCUUUACCUGCUCGUGUUGCAUUCAUGUCGACAUGCUCCAUAUUUUGGAACUUCUAUUUGUCUACAACCCUAAGCAAACAAUAAUCGAUUAAAAAGUCACCCGGCAGCAGAUUCAAAUACUUGCUCCCACAACUUGGAAGAAAUCCUUCAAUGCAUCGCGGCAUCCAUAUGAAAGUGCAUAACCUUGUGCUGGCGUUCAUUUAAGCAGUGUAUGGACGAAAUGACUUCUAGUCUGUCUUGUUCAUGCAUUAGCUGCGUUGCCUGCUCUAGCCGUUUCUUAGAUUGUUUUUGGUUUUAUGAGAACAAUACCUUGUUCCUAUCUUCAUGUUUUCUACUGGUUUACUAGCCGGAGCUUCAAAAUUAAUAUACUUCCCAUCAAUUGCAUCUGAAAAUAUUUGAUUC